ACCAGGUUCACUUUCUUUACAUGGAUCAGACAGGUGACAAUUAUGGGUCUGAAGAACAGAUGUAACGGUCUCUACAAGAGGAUCCUGGUCAGUAGGUAACACCUUACACCCUGAAAACAUACAUAGACUAUUCCUCCAGCUCCUUCUGACCUGGACCAGGCUCAGAUCUGGAAAAGGGUCCAGCUAAAUCCAGAAGGAUCCCAUAGAUUCCAAAUGUGAGAAAAACUGUUAAUUACACUGAACAUGUUAUCAACAGAACAGUACAGCCCUUGCAGUGUCAUGUGUCAUUCUGUUAAUCUAGCCUAUCUAUGCAAUUUACCAUUUUGGACAGAUAAAGCUGAGGUAUUGUGAGGGCUAAGAAUAACAAUUUUCCCACAUAAAGAUUGAGAAGCAUUUAAACAGCAAUUGACACUUUAGCCAUUUUGUCCCAGAUUUGUCUUUUUCAUAUUCUGAAGCUAUUAUUUGGGAGAUAUUUCUCAUAACAUUUUAUUUUUCUGUAUUUCAGUAUUUCUGGGUUAUUCUGACAGUGGCUAAACCAAAUACGUUUUAUUUAUAAUUUCAUUUUGGCUACAUUGUUUGUCUUGGUUUCUACAACAAAUCAUCAGUGGAAAAAAACAUUAAAUAAUAUUUGCAUUACCCCUAACUUUUAUAAUAGACUAAAUGUUCACUCUUGAGCCAAAGAGAAGUUCUCGUGCGUAAACGCGCUCCGGGGCGGCCCCUCCUGCCUCACAGCGGAUCUCGAGCUGUCACAGAACCGGAAGACCCGCCGCUGUGGAUCUGCUCAGCGGACAGAGGAGCAGAGACAGCGGGCUCCGGAGCUCCGCGGGCCGGGUACAAAAUGGACCGAGCGGCCGUGGUGAAGGUGGGGGCCGCGGCAAGUGCCAGUGUGUGCGCGCUGUUCGGAGGGGUGGUCCUGGCGCAGUACAUCGUGGCCAAAAAGAAGCGAGCGGGAAAGAAGACGCGGAUCAUCGAGAUGAUGCCACAGUUUGAGAAGUCCACGGUUCACAUGAAGGACCCGGAGAGAGUGGAGCAGAUCAUCUGUGGCCUCAUCAAGGGCGGAGCCAACAAGCUACAGAUCAUCACAGACUUCGACAUGACGUUAUCCAAGUUCCAAGUCAACGGAAAACGCUGUCCCACCUGUCACAAUAUCAUUGACUACUCGAAGCUGGUGACAGACGAGUGCCGACAAAAGCUGGUGCAGCUGAAGAAUCAGUAUUACCCCAUCGAGAUUGACCCCCAGCUCACCAUGGAGGAGAAGUACCCCUUUAUGGUCGAAUGGUACUUUAAGUCUCACUCUCUUCUGGUGGAGCAGAGGUUACAGAAGGACAAACUGCCUGAAGCCGUGCGAGACUCUGACGCUGCGCUCAGAGACGGAUACGAGCAGUUCUUCGACCGCCUGCAGCAGCACAAUGUCCCUGUGUUCAUUUUCUCGGCUGGUUUGGGAGACGUCCUGGAGGAGAUCCUCAGACAGUCCGGUGUUUAUCUACCAAACGUCAAAGUGGUCUCCAACUUCAUGGACUUCGACGACAACGGUGUGAUCCGGGGCUUUAAAGGAGAGCUCAUCCACGUCUAUAACAAACAUGACGGCGCUUUGAGGAACACUGAGUAUUUUAAACAGUUAAAAGAGAACUGUAACAUCAUCCUGAUGGGAGACUCUCUGGGAGACCUGAGCAUGGCCGACGGAGUGGCCAAUGUCGAGAACAUCCUCAAGAUCGGCUUCCUCAAUGACAAGGUGGAGGAGCGGCUGGACAAAUACCUGGAUCAUUACGACAUCGUUCUGGUUCGGGACGAGACGCUGGAGGUGCCCAACGCCAUUCUACAGAAAGUGCUCUGAGUCCAGACCUCUCCCCCUGCCUCAGAGAGAUCUAACCCACAACCUCCAACAGAGAGAGCAGGAGUCGAACCCACAACCUCCUUACUGAGAGGAGGAACAGUUGGCGGCUCCAGACGUUUCUGAGGAGGACUCUAUGUUAGGACAGGUUUAAGUGAGAGGGGAGUCACUCCAGCUCUCUGCUCCAGGCCUCGAAACGGCACAGACUGGUUUUUAAAAGUGGUGAUGUGCAAUCAGAUGUUUUUAAUUUGACAAAUGACACUUUUAAUUUUUUCUAUCCUGGAACAUGGCCCAAAUACAAGCUAAUAAUACUCUCAGUAGUAGAAGAACUUUUAAAGGUAUAGUGUGUACCGUAUUUUCCGCACUAUGGGGCACGCUCAUAAGUCUCCAACCCCAUCAAAACAACUGCGUGUCUCACAAUCCAGAGCGCCCUAUACACAAAUUAACUCAGGUGUCCCAGCACAACUUCAUUAAACUACACACAGCCAAACACAUCCGCAGACACACUCGUCACUCCACGCCGACGAGGAAAGGAACGGAGGAACGAACCGAAAAAGCAAGUGCAAUGUGCCACUUCUAGACACAACUGAACAACCGAGUCACUGCGAACACGCCGACAAUCCGUUGGUCCCAGACAGCACCCUCCCUACACGCCACAACUGAACAAAGCCCAGAGUCACCGUGAACGCCACAAACAAAACCACUCACCCAUCACACUGUUGUGUUUCCCUUAAACUUUGGUGCUCACUUAUUUGUGAAAAAAGUCUGAAAAUAGUGACAGUGCGCCUUAUAAUCCAAAGCGCCUAAUAGUGCGAAAAACACGGUAACUUUGUGGAAAUAAGUAAUUCAUUUAUUUUAUUUGAUUGAUUUUGUUCAGUGCUUACAAAGAAAACAAAGGCUUACACUGCAAAGUAAGCAAGUUUGCCCAAAAUUUAAGAUAAAAAAACCCAAAACACUUCAAUCUAUCAGAAAAUAACUUAAAAGUACUGAAAUUAUUUGCCCAUGCAGCAAGAUCAUUUGACUUGACAAGUUCUCUUAAAAUAAAUUAACUCUAGACUAGAACAAAGCAUCUCAGAACUAGUAAGUCAAUCAUAAAUCUGAAAACAAGAUGAAUAACCUGAUAGAAAUUUUUAAAAUCUUGGCCAGAUUAGAGAAAGUUAAAACCAUAUUUGAGAAGAUGGACAGAUUUUAAGCCAUACUGUGGAAGAUUAUAGCCAAAGGAACAUUUCCAUGGAAACAAGCAAGAAGAAGCCCUCCUCUAUGCCAAUUAAGAGUCGGUUUUGUGGAGAUGCAAGCCUGCUCACAGUAAAGAUUCAUGUUUUUCCAAGUUUGUCAGUGCAAUAAACACAUCCAGUAUGAAAAUAACACAUAAGUUUACAGAUUGUGGCUUUAAGAGAAGACUGACUGAUACUUUUACAGCUAUCCACAGUCAAUCCUUUUUACCAAAUCCCGUUAGUAUUCAUUUCACGCUUUAAAAUAAACACAAUAUUUGGAUAGAGGCCAAUUACAGUUUAACAUAAAAUCUCCUCAUUGUGUAUUUAAUACAAUAUACACAAGCCACUACAGGUUUUACCCCAUAUCAGUUUGUAUUUUAUAAUGAAUUACAUUUUAUUUUUAA